CGGGGCCGGCGGGCGGAAGUGCGCGCAGACGCACCGGAAGUCCCGCCCGCGCCGUGGCCUGUGUUUGCGCUGCGGGCAGAGAAAGGAGCGCAGCGCCGCCGGGCCCAGCUGAGCCUGCACGCAACGGGGCCGAGCCAUGUCGGACCAGGAAGCAAAACCUUCAGCUGAGGACUUAGGAGAUAAGAAAGAAGGAGAAUACAUUAAACUCAAAGUCAUCGGGCAGGACAGCAGUGAAAUUCACUUCAAGGUGAAAAUGACAACGCACCUCAAGAAACUCAAAGAAUCAUACUGUCAGAGACAGGGUGUUCCAAUGAAUUCACUCAGGUUCCUCUUCGAGGGUCAGAGAAUUACUGAUAAUCAUACCCCCAAGGAGCUGGGGAUGGAGGAGGAAGAUGUGAUUGAAGUUUAUCAGGAACAGACGGGGGGUCACUCAACAGUCUAGAUCCUUCUGUUUGUUUUCUUCCCCCUUAAUCCUUUUUUAUUUUUAAAUAAUAGUUCUUUUGUAAUGUGGUGUUCAACACUGAAUUGAAACUGGCACCCCAUCUCUGGGAUUUUAUUUUCAAACGUCUGGUAUUUUGACUUCUCGUGCUCAUUAUACACUAUUGUUU